AUGGAAACAGAAUUUCCUAAACGCCUAUUUAGAGAUGGAUUUGAGCCACAAGUGAAGAAGAUUAACAAUUCCUGUCGAAUUUCUAUCUUGGGCAAAGUCAAUCAAGCAUUACCUAAAGAGUAUGAGAAAGUGAAGAAUGAUCCAGUCUUUUCACAUGUGUUUGCAAUCUACGAGAAUGGUUUAGGGUAUUCAGGGCGUUUGAUACACAGCAUGAUGUCUAGGCAAUUGGUUACAAAGAAAAAAAGAGAGAUAUGGUUUGUGUUUGGAGGGAAGCCACUCAGAUUUUCAAUGCAAGAGUUUCAUGCUAUGACUGGGCUCAAAUGCACUGCCGAUUCUAGUUGUGAUUUAGAGAAUUGGAAAGAUGAUGGUGGGUUUUGGAGCAAAUUGAUGAAGAGAAAAGGUCUGACUAUUAGCAUUAAGAGCUUGGUUGAUGUGCACUUACCUGUAAUUCACGAAUGGAGUGAGAUAGAUAAGAUCCGAUUGGUGUAUCUUCUUGUGAUAGCUGGGUUGAUUAUGGCUAAGGAUGAGAAAAAGUAUAUUCCACUCAAAUACAUCCAGAUGGUAAUGGAUCUUGAUAAGGUGAGGACUUAUCCUUGGGGUCUUAAAGCUUUUAAAAGUCUUGCUAAGUCUAUCAUAGAAAAAAGAGAAGAUUUGAAGAAGAUCAAUAGCUAUGUAUUAGAUGGUUUCUCAUAUGCAUUUCAAAUAUGGGUGAUGGAGGCAAUUCCAGACAUUGGAAAGUUGUUGGGAGAAAAGAUUAUCAAAGAAUUUACAGUAGCUCCUCGAUGUUCUAAUUGGAAAGGCGCAGCCAAAGUAUCAUAUGAUGAAAUCAUCCAACUAGAAAGUACAUUUGGACCAAAGGAUAUUGUUUAUCCAUACAUAUCUAUUACUGGCGAUUUCGACGUUGUUGACUCCAUUAAGUUUUUAUGGCCUGACGAAACUAGCGAUGGUGAAGUCGAUAAUUUGAAAGCUAAGAUCAGUUCUGGAAAUGAUUUUGGAGACCAUAUUUGGGGAACUGUACAAAUUGAUGAUGUGGAGGGUGAACAUAUUCAAGUAAAAGAUGAUGUUGGCAGUGAGGUGUGCGAAGAAAAUCAAGGGUCUAGUGCAACAAAGAGUGGUGAGAGUAUGCAAGCUGCUAAUGAUGAAGAGUCAGGUUGCAAGAGGAAGAGACAACCUGAUCAUGGUGCAGAGAAGAGGAAAAAAAAACUGCUCUAUGAGCGAGCAGCAUCAACACAUCGAGCUGCUACAUAUGAACAAAUGAAGUCUUUUAUUAGUGUGUUUUAG